AUCACUGAAGAUCAUCCCUCUGCUCAUUUCAUCAGCAGCUUUUUAUCAUGACGACUGUGUCCCAGACAAUAGAGACAGAGGAGGAUCUCCUGACUUGUCUCCAUAUCAAGCUCUACCAUCCUCAGCAAGCUUCCCGGGGCUUUUACACUCUGCUUCCUCUGGGGAACAAGAGCAGGCAUUCAGCUGAGGACCCCCUCAGGUUGGGCCGUGAUGACCAGGCUUGCACCUUUGCCCUGGUCGACCCCCGAGUUUCCCGUAAACACCUGGCCUUCUUUGCCUACCGCACACCUCAGACCCCCGACAUGUUGUUCACCAUCCAGAACCUGACCCAGAAAGGACGACUGUCAGUAAACGGCUCAGUGCUGAAUUACCUGGAGAGGAUGGAUCUCCCGGACAAGGCCCUGAUCAGGUUUGGAGAGUAUGAGAUGCUGAUCGUCCGUGAGUCCGGUGAGGCGAAAGGAAGCUUUGAGGUGGAGUUCGAGGUGCUGGCAGUGCCUCCAUCCAGGGAGACAUGCAUGUGUGUGCCUAGUACAACUCCUGUCAUGGAUACAGGUUCACAUGUGAUGAACGGUGUCCCUGCUGAACUCAGGUCCCAAGACCCCUUGGAGACUGAUGAGACUCUCAUUUGUUAUUCAUGACUGACCAUCACUGCUCUGUUAAAUACUGUGACUUCAUUUUUACUUUCUUAUGGCAAUAUAUUGCAGCUGUUACAUCUGACUUCAAGCAGACUCAAGUACAAUCCCUCUUUGUAAUGUGAAAUGAGAUUACUAUAUGUAUUACAACAUAUAUCUAUAUACUGUAAAGCUGUGAUUUUGAAUAUAUUUUAACUUUUUUGAAGUGUAAGUGCUAAAAAAAAAAAAAGCCUUAAAGCUAUUUUCUUCUACAUUUUCUAC